CUACGAGCAGGAUGCACAUUCACUCUGUCUGGACAAGAAUCUAAUACCAAAAUCUGAACUGCUUUUUCAAAAGCCGCCUGCUUUUCCUUCCUCCAUCUGAGAACAGGAUUUGGAAGCUUCUUUUUUCCCCCUCUUUGGUGUUUUUUGAAAGAUCAGACAGCCUGACAGAGAAACUGACAGAUUUAGAAAGCAGUAAAAAAAAAGUGAGAGAGAGAGAGAAAGAGAGAGAAGAGAGACAGACUGAAUUUCGCCCUGAAGGUUCCUGAGGAAGAAAAAGAAGACAAAGAUAAAGAGACGACGAUAAUCUGAGAGCCACACAGAGAGAAGCAGAGGAGGGAGGGAAGAGCACAGCUGUGUGAAGAGAGGGGGAAAUAGAGAUAAAGGAAGCAAGGAGCUGCAUAUGUGAAGGGUGACAAGAAGACACUGAGGACAACCAAGUCUGGAGAGGAAAUCUGACCAUCGUGAAAUACCAGACAGAGAUUGAGGAGCCACCGAGAAUGAGAGAAUCUUAAAAAGGAGAGCAGGAAAAGAAAAUAAUUUAAUUCAAGCCUUAAAGAAGUGACUGAGAUCCCUGACAUCAAAUUAACUGCAAGAAUGGACGUGCAGCAAGACAAGAGUCAAGAAAUGAAAAAGGUGUGUUUGAAACUGUGAAGAGGACAUUUCCUCAUCAUGAUUUAUUCAGCUGAUUUUCCAAACUCAAACAACCUGUGCCGGAAGAGCAACUUCGUCCCAGGAUAGAAUGAAGACAGGGGGAAAGAGAGACCUGCUGAGAUACCUGCUGAUCCUGUGAUACCCUCCUGCUCCUCCUUUUCCUCCUCUCCACCUCAGACUCCUCCACCUCCCUCCCCUCCUUCCUUUCUGUCACUUUACAUCCAGUUAUACAUAUAGUAACUUCUUCCUCUGCCCUGAUAUCUCCUCUCCUUUCCUCUCCACCUCCUCACUAUGUGGAUACAAGCUUUGCUCCUAUGGAUGCUUAAAAUCAGCAAUUUGUGCUCAGGACAAGACUACACAGACUAUUACCAAACUGGAGACAUGGGCACCGAGGCCCCAGUGUUGUCAGAUGACCAAACCAGUUUGGAUGCAGUAACAAACGUGGAUCAGCUACUACAGCUUCUAUAUCCUGAAUACAGUUUGCUUCAGCACUGCGUGAGGAAGAAGUCACUGCAAGCCUCCUUCCCUUCUUACUCCACCUCUUCAGCGAAUCCCUUAUCCUACGCUGAUGCUGACGCUGGCAACGUGUGGGGUCAGCCAAGAGAGGAGGCACUUUACAAAGUCGAUGGGACUUUAGAUGUCAUACUAGAGGAGAUCCAGCGGACGUCGUGCCAGCCCAGAGAGGUGUGUGUUGAAGUGGCUAAAGAAUACCCAGAAUCCACCAGCCAGUUCUACGUCCCUCGCUGUGUGGCGCUGCAUCGGUGCGGUGGAUGCUGCACCAACGAGGCCUUUUACUGCGCCAAUACAAGCCACACACUCGUGAACAAGACACUGAUGGAACUGUCCCCACCCAGGAUGGAUCGCGUCAUGGUGACCUUCAUCAACCACACUUCAUGCGAAUGCCUCUCCAAAAGGCCACUCCACUCCAUCAUAAGACGGGCCGCAGCAGAUCACCUGUGUUCUCCGCCUGACGUUCCCUGUGCUUCUGGGUCAUUGUGGGAUCCAGUGAGCUGUCUGUGUGUCUCUACAGAUGCCAUAAACUACUCUGAGAAAGAGACAGAAGCACUGGACUCGGGUCUGCUGGUCCUCUGUGGACCCAACAGGGUUCUGCAGGAGUCCACCUGUGAGUGUGUUUGUCGAAAUGGACUCACAGAAGACAGCUGUGAUCCAGGCUGGAAACUGGACCACAAGACCUGUGAAUGCCAGUGUGAAGGUCAAGGCGAGGGCAAGCGGUGUCCCGCAGGUCAGCGGUGGGAUGAAGACCUGUGUGGCUGUGUGUGCGCCGCAAACUGUCCCCGAAAUCAGCCCCUCAACCCGGAAACGUGCCUGUGUGAAUGCAGAGAAAGUUCACAGUCGUGUCUGCUGCAAGGCAAGAAGUUCAACCCCAACACCUGCAGUUGUUACAGGUUGCCUUGCAGAAAGCCCAAACGUUUGUGCCCGAGUGAGUUUUACUACAGCGACCAGGUUUGUCAGUGCAUCCCCAACUACAUGAGGCCUGAGUGGAAUUAAGGCAAAAGAGGAAGACUGCAGAUGCUACUAUUUAUUGCUACUUUACUUUACUUUGAAACCACAAGGGGUCAAGAUGCUGGAGGUUCCUCUUGAAAGGAAGGUACAACUUUUCAUCUAUUGGAUCAUAACAGACUAGACAGCCAUGUGACUAUUAUUAAUGCUGUCAUCUCCAUCAAACAGCCAUAUUUAUAUAUGUCUUUCUGCAUCGUUGGGACGUGUAACAUUAAUAACACAACUGGAAACAACCGCUCAUCCCUGAAGACCUUCUAACUGCAUUACAGCAUAUGUGGGACGUACCAAUCAGAUUCUGACAAGCCCUCAUCCCUGCUGCAACGUGUUUGAGCAGGAAAGUGAACCAUCAACCAGCUUCAAAGGCACCACUCGAAACUCUGUGAAAUGGAAAGUGGAAUAGGAUAAUAAUACACCAGACUCAAUGCUUUUAGAAGAUUAAAUAAGCCGCGGGCCACUUUGGCUGUCUUCAGUCAUCAAAAAUUUUACAGGUCCAUGCAUUUAUUUUACACAACUUCUGUAAUGUGAUGUGACACGGCUUUGAAUCUCCUCUUUAAGUACAGGUGGAAAUGUUGCCAACGUCUUGUCCUGUCCAGAACUGUAUCACCAGAUUUUUACUGACUCUAUUCCAUCUGUUCUCCAAUGACAAUAAUCACAAUUAAUGGAUGGUUUGUUUCUGUUUUACAUCUUCUACUAAUUUAACUUUUUUCACAUUCUAAAUAAUAUUAUUUGUAAAUAUUUUAUUCUCAUAUUUAAAACAGUGAUACAAUCAUAUUUGUAAAAUACUGUAUUUAAGUAAGGAUCCUAUGUUCAUAAUGAUACAUACAGCUGUCUUUUAAUUAUCAACUGUCCACAAGACUACACUGCAAACCAUUAAUCUGAAGAGGUCAAUAAGACACAUUAGGUUUAAAAAUGAUAAUGUUCAUCCACAUGUAGUAUUUAUUCAUAUGUGGAGAAGAACUGUGGUGGCUUGUUCUAUGUUUACUAUUUAAACUAGAUUUGAAGAACUAAUUAAAAUCUUUCUCAGACGUCA